AUGUGCAUAGACCUUGUCGGUAGCGAAUACAUCCGUGAUAUUCACUUCUAUGGCCGAAGUCUGGGCAGAUCUUUUAUGACGAUUGGCGGAAAGGUCGUCCAUCUGGGUGAAGUGUUUGGCUACGUGGCAUUCCUGCAGAAGAACUACGGUUUGACGCCUGAACAACUCAAUAAAUUGGCGCAAUUACCCGAGGAAUAUCUGCUUGAUUGCCUGAUCAAUGGCCGUCAACCUGAUCUAAAUUGGAUUGGCGGUCGACCAUAUGUGCCUCCAGAUAUCUACUACUUCAAGUGGAUUGAACACCCACGAACCUUGUCGUUUGCCUCGGAUCGCGUUCUUGCCAGCAUGGAAAGCCUUGAUCUCAAUACCAGCAGGUGCUCAACGGCUCGUACGCUCACACCACGCGAGUACUACCAGAAAAUAUUGUUCCAGUACUGCAAGCAGAUACAGCCGGAUGACCAGAUGGCCGACAUCGAACAAUAG